GAGGCGAGGCAGGGCGGGGCCGGCGCGACGGGAAGGGGAGGCCGCGCGGGCCCCGCGCCGCGCCGCGCCAGCCCGGCUGCAGCCGCCGCGCACCGAGCGCCGCCAUGGGACUGGAGACCGAGAAGGCAGACGUCCAGCUCUUCAUGGACGACGACUCCUACAGCCGCCACAGCGGCGUCGACUACGCCGACCCCGAGAAGUUCGCGGACGCGGGCUCGGAUCGGGAUCCCCACCGGCUCAACUCGCAUCUCAAGGUGGGCUUCGAGGAUGUGAUCGCAGAGCCCGUGUCCUCGCACUCCUUUGACAAAGUGUGGAUUUGCAGCCAUGCCCUCUUUGAAAUCAGCAAAUACGUGAUCUACAAGUUCCUGACAGUGUUCCUGGCCAUUCCUCUGGCCUUCGCUGCGGGGAUUCUCUUUGCCACCCUCAGCUGUCUGCAUAUCUGGUGAGAGGGGGCACACCGGGGCGGACCGG